AUUGACUCAGUUACUACUACACCCGGCUGAUACAACGAUCGGUAGAAACCGGUUGAUCCCAAAGAAAACGGUUUACGCGAACAGAAUCAAUGUUUUAUCUCAUCUUUUAAAGCCGCUAUAGCUUCGAUUUCUUCUUUUGUCAAUAUUAUUCAGUAACAGGGACUCGUAGGAGAUUUUAAACGUCAAUCUUCAAGAACGAGAUGGCAAGAGGAGAGGGGGCAGAGCAGUACUCUAAUGCAAGUCUCCUGCAAAAACCCAGCCCAGAUGAAAUCAAAUUGGCAGUAAAGCAUGAAUCAAAGGGGCGGUUGUCGGUGUGCAACAAGUUGUGUUAUGCCAUUGGAGGAGCACCAUAUCAGAUAACAGGAUGUGCAAUCGGCUUCUUCCUUCAGAUCUACCUGCUGGACGUUGCUUUGUUGGACCCAUUUUAUGCCUCCAUCAUCUUGUUUGUGGGUCGAGCAUGGGAUGCUAUCACAGACCCUACUGUGGGUUUUCUGGUCAGCAGGAGUCCCUGGACCAGAUUUGGACGAAUGAUGCCUUGGAUCAUUCUGUCUACCCCAUUUGCUGUGCUGUGCUAUUUCCUCAUCUGGUACGUGCCGCCUGUUGACCAAGGCAAGAUUGCCUGGUACCUGGUCUUCUACUGCCUCUUCCAAACAUUACAGACAUGCUUCCAUGUACCAUACUCUGCUCUCACUAUGUUUAUCAGCACUGAACAGAAAGAGAGGGAUUCGGCCACAGCCUACCGAAUGACUGUUGAGGUUUUGGGCACGCUCAUUGGCACUGCUGUUCAAGGUCAGAUUGUGGGAAUGGCUAACGCUCCCUGUAUCAGCUCUGGAGGGGUCCUGAACUCCACAGAUGGACAGGUGCCUCCCGAUGUCAACAUCACUGAGCCUCAUGUUUCACUAGAGAGUUUGAGAAAUGCUUACAUGAUCGCGUCUGGUGUCAUCUGCAUCAUUUAUGUUGUCUGUGCCGUGGUCUUGUUCCUUGGUGUGAAAGAACAAAAAGAGACCUGCAGGGUUAGAACUGAGCCCAUGUCAUUUUUCCAGGGCAUUCGUAUGGUUAUGGGCCACGGUCCAUAUGCAAAGCUAGUCAUGGGCUUCCUCUUCACCUCUCUGGCCUUUAUGUUUUUAGAGGGAAACUUUGCACUAUUCUGUAGCUACACCCUGGGCUUUAGGAACGACUUUCAAAACAUCCUGCUCGUCAUUAUGCUCUCCGCCACACUUGCCAUCCCAUUUUGGCAAUGGUUCCUCACGAAAUUUGGCAAGAAGACUGCUGUGUAUAUUGGGACUACAUCAGUGGUGCCUUUCCUGGUCUCUGUAGUCUUGGUGCCAAGCAGUCUUUAUGUGACAUACAUAGUGUCUUUUGCGGCUGGAGUCAGUGUAGCAGCGGCUUUCCUUCUUCCCUGGUCAAUGCUUCCCGACGUCGUGGAUGAUUUUAAAGUCCAAAAUCCGGAUUCUCAAGGCCAUGAAGCCAUCUUUUACUCCUUCUAUGUAUUCUUUACCAAGUUUGCAUCUGGUGUCUCAUUGGGGGUCUCAACUCUUAGUCUUGAUUUUGCCGGCUAUGUGACGAGAGGUUGCACGCAACCCGCCGAGGUCGAUUUAACCUUAAAGAUCCUGGUGUCUGCCGCUCCUAUAGUCUUUAUCGUUAUCGGGCUGCUAAUAUUCAUCUCCUAUCCCAUCACUGAGGAAAAGAGACAAGGCAAUCGGAAACUUCUUAAUGAACAAAGAGAAAAUGAGAUUGACUCAGAAGCAGACUCCACUGAGCUCAAUGUAGUUUAAUAGCAACAGAGUCCUUGACGGGACAUUGUGCCAUUUGUGUCGGACCUACAGAGCCAAAACGAACCGAGCGGAUGCUUUGAACCAACCAGGCUGCCUUAUGGCUGCCUACCAGCUCAAGUUCAAAGUGCCUUGCCAUUUCCAGUCGCAAGUGCUAAUGGACGCUAGUAACGUUGCAUAAAUCCGAAGGGUUGGCUUCUGUGUAUUUGUGCUGCUCUCUGGCAUAGUAUCUCAAAGCAAACUGCCAGCUUUUUGAAAAGCACACAUAUACUGCACUAACAAAACAAUUCCGUCAAACACGUCUAUACCGUGAGAAGAAACUUGAAACAUUUAGAAAGGUUUUUAAGGUGCUAAAACCAAAAAUGCAUUUCAGACAUAAUUGAAAGGUACUUUUUGGAAGGAAUUUACGAUGUAAGUAAUAUUUGUAUGUAAUUUAAUAUUUAUAAAUACUUUUGUGCAUCUAACUGAAUAUACAAACUUGAAACCAUGAGACCUAAAUGGGUUUGAUUACAUCAAACUUUAGAGGUGUGCACAAAGGGUUAUUGUUUAUUUCUUGUAUUACUUUCCUUUGCGUACACCUUCAAUUAUGUUCCUUUUUAUGUGUUUCUGCUCUUGUGGGGCAUACAGAGCUCUUUUAGUGGGAUGUGCUGAGGGAUAAACUUACAAAUUUGUUCCCUCAACGCUUCAGAUCAGAAGAUCUGAUUCGAUUAAUUUCUGGAUGGAUCAGCUAAAGUGUGAAUGAAUGAUACAGCUGACAACUGAGGCAGUUAACCAGCUGGAGAGUGGUGUUAAAAUGUGUGAUGUGAACAAGAUUAUUUAAGUAUUUAUUACUUUUGUUUUAAAUCAUAUGUUGGUUUGGUCACGUAUGUUUCUCCCCUCUUCCUUAAUUUAUCUUGUUUAAGGGUCUCAGUCAGUAAAAUAAGGGCAAUUAGAAUAAUUGUCACUGCUGAAUUAUGUCUAAUAUGCCAUUAAUUCCUAUGGAAAAGCCAAUCAGUGUAUUUUAUAGGUGACACUGCUGUUUGUUUAGUUGUUAAAUUAAGAUGAUUUCUGCCUGCUCUGUUCGUUUAGUCGGUGUCCUUUUGAUUUUCUGUUUAGUAGUUAGCAAAAUUGCUUUAAUUAUUGUAUAGUUAUAAUAAAUGUCAGUUCACUGCCUGUAAAUUUGGUGUCAAAGGUUUGAAUGCCAAGUGUUUCUCUACCAUGUGAUGUGAUAUAUGUACAUAGACCAGCUGAAAAUAUGUAUUUCUACCUGGGGAAAAUGGAAUUACUUGUAAAUAACAUUUGUCAAGUGCCGUAUGUUAUACAUAUGUACAUAUGAUGAUGCACUUUGAAAUAUCAUCAGUGCAUUUUUUUUGGAUGUUAAUACCAUUGUCUUACACCUGUCAAAACUGUAUGCAUCUGUGACAUUUCUUUAUGGUAUUAAUUAACACCAGUUUGGGGUGAUAUUUUGAUAUUUCCAUA